GGGCAAACUUGGGGGACUAUCCGAAAGAGGAAAAUGUGGCCAGUGGAGGCAAUGUGAGUGUGAAAUUGCACCGCCCCCUCCAAUUGUAUUGUGGUUACUGUUUGAUGUUGUUGUGCCACCGCACAUUUGCUGCUCAUCGCAUCAAGCUUUUGGGAUCAAAUAUUUUUGUACCUCUACAAGUUCAACUUACUUCGCCACUAUUAGUCUUCGCUUUACAGAAAAACCAAUAGACAAAGGAUGGAUGACCCCUUGAAGUCCUGCCUGAUGUUUUCCAACGAGGACCAUCAGUACCAAGCCCUCACAUUGGUGGAAGGCGAUUUGCCACUGUCGAUCCAAAGAUCACGAAGUCCUUCGGUCUUCAAUCAAAGUAAUGGUAGUGUCUCCCAAUGCACGCCCAUUUUCCGUCUUCAGCUAGAUGCGCCGGUAACAUGGAGGGUUGAUGAGAGCUGGCCCUUGAUCUGGAAGCUCACAUAUCAUGGAGUGGGAGGAGACGAUAGUACCUCUCAGCCGAUCACCUUCUCGAACAGCGAUUUCUCGAAUUGGGGGGUGUUCUGUGUCUAUCGGCGCAUUUCAGAUACGGGAACAUGGGGGCCCUGGCGCAGUUAUAGAACUGUCGGAUGCCACCAGUUUGAAGAUCAAGAUUCCCCGUGCACGGUAGGUACGAGCGAUAUGUUUGUUACCCUUGAACCCCACGAGACCUGGAUACAUGUUAAGGAAGCGCGAAAUUGAAUUUGAUCUGCCGGAUGAUGCUCAGACCGGCGAGGUCCUCCGAUACCAGUUCAAGGGAUGCAAGCUGAGCUGGUGGGAUUGGGGAGUAAAGGAGGAUCACAUUGACACAAUUGUC